GUCCAGUUUGAGGUGGGUUCCUGCACACAUCCAUCCUGUCCUCCACGCAGCUGAGAUGCCGCAGCAGCAGAAACAUCCGAGAUGAGCUAAAUAGGAUGAGGAAUCAUGUGGAUCAGGACGUCAGGAUCCAGGAUGUUUGUUGAGUCCAGGUGGACGCGGUGAUGUGCUGCGGACUUUAUUCAUAACAAUUGUAAUUUCAGGAGAAUAUUUGAGGAAAGAGAGCUGGCGGGAGACCCAGCAUGAGUGUGCUUUCAGGCUUCCCUCACCACCCGGUCAUGCACCACCACGACAGCCACCAUUACUCCCUGCACGGAGACGCCGGAGCCCCUCCGUACUUCACCAGCUGGCUCAUCAGCCACGCCGAGGUGUCCCCCACCGAGUACGGCAUGGCGCCGGGAUACAGCCCCGACUACCACGGGAGCGCGCCGGGCGGCUUGCAAGACCCGCACCACCACCACCCGCACCACCACUACGGCGGACACGGCGCCGUGUCGGUGAACGGAGCCCCGGUGGGCAUGCACCACCACCACCACCACCACCACCCGCGCACCGUCAAGCGGAGACCGACGGCCAACCGCAAGGAGCGGCGGAGGACGCAGAGCAUCAACUCGGCCUUCGCGGAGCUGCGGGAAUGUAUCCCCAACGUCCCCGCAGACACCAAGCUGUCCAAGAUCAAGACGCUGCGCUUGGCCACCAGCUACAUCUCCUACCUGAUGGACAUCCUGGACAAGGACGGCCAGCACGGCGACACGCAGGCCUUCAAGGCCGACCUCAAGAAGACGGACGGCCGGGACGAGCGCAGGAAGAGGGACGCGGUGGAUGUCCCCAAAACAGCGCCAUCUUCGUCAUCGUCUUCAUCUUCAGCGCAGGGCGACAAGAAGACAAAAGGAAGGACAGGAUGGCCCCAACAUGUCUGGGCUCUGGAACUGAAACAGUAGCUGAAACUUGAUUUCAGGUCAAUUGCACUCACAGGAACUUAAAGUCAUCAUCUCGUGUCUGGUGUGGAUGUCUAACCAAAGGACAGACAUUGUAGUCUCCAUGGAUACUUACGGUGAUGUAUUUCUACACUUUUCUACUGUCUGGAAAGUCUCCAACUUAAAUGUUAAAGAAUAAAUAUACAUUCCGUACACUUGGAAUUCAAUUGAAACCAACUGUCCAAGGUGUGGCCCAAGGGCCAUUUUCAGCCUGUAAAUUGUUUUUGUUUGGCCCCUUGACAUAUUGUAACAUUGUUAGAAAUUUGACAACAAUUCGCUUCAUCACAUACAACGCAAAGCAAAGAUGUGGAUGUUGUGUGUAACAUAUAUUGACUUACCGUAUUUUUUGGAGUAUAAGUCGCUCCGGAGUAUAAGUCGCACCGGCUGAAAAUGCAUAAUAAAGAAGAAAAAAACAUAUGUAAUUUGCACUAGAGUAUAAGUCGCAUUUUUUUGGUAAAUGUAUUUGAUAAAAUCCAUCCAUCAUCUUCCGCUUAUCCGAGGUCGGGUCGCGGGGGCAGCAGCCUAAGCAGGGAAACCCAGACUUCCCUCUCCCCAGCCACUUCGUCUAGCUCUUCCCGGGGGAUCCCGAGGCGUUCCCAGGCCAGCCGGGAGACAUAGUCUUCCCAACGUGUCCUGGGUCUUCCCCGUGGCCUCCUACCGUUUGGACGUGCCCUAAACACCUCCCUAGGGAGGCGUUCGGGUGGCAUCCUGACCAGAUGCCCAAACCACCUCAUCUGGCUCCUCUCGAUGUGAAGGAGCAGCGGCUUUACUUUGAGUCCCUCCCGGAUGGCAGAGCUUCUCACCCUAUCUCUAAGGGAGAGCCCCGCCACACGGCAGAGGAAACUCAUUUCGGCCGCUUGUACCCGUGAUCUUAUCUUUUCGGUCAUGACCCUAGGUGAGGAUGGGAAUGUAGAUCGACCGGUAAAUUGAGAGCUUUGCCUUCCGGCUCAGCUCCUUCUUCACCACAACGGAUCGGUACAACGUCCGCAUUACUGAAGACGCCGCACCGAUCCGCCUGUCGAUCUCACGAUCCACUCUUCCCUCACUCGUGAAAAAUACUCCUAGGUAUUUGAACUCCUCCACUUGGGGCAGGGUCUCCUCCCCAACCCGGAGAUGGCUUUCCACCCUUUUCCGGGCGAGAACCAUGUACUCGGACUUGGAGGGGCUGAUUCUCAUUCCGGUCGCUUCACACUCGGCUGCGAACCGAUCCAGUGAGAGCUGAAGAUCCCGGUCAGAUGAAGCCAUCAGGACCACAUCAU